GCCUCAGAUCUGGCACCCUCAACUGACACUGCAAUUUCAGGCGAAAAAGAGUCGUCAAAUCCUGUGCAUCAGCUCUUGGCUCAUCAAAGUAACUCCCUUUUCAGCGAUACCGACUCCAAUGAUGAGGAGAGGGAAUGCGAAAUCCACGCCGACACCAAUGAAGGAGAAUCGGCGUCAGUGGAGGAGGCGGCAGCCAGUGUAAUGCGUCAGUGGCACGGUUAUGUGGCUGGAAAACUUGAGUCUAAUCGGGGUCGUGUAUGGUCAGAAAUAUGUGCCCGAGUCCAGCCUUUACUGGCAGCGGUCAGCCGACACGUCGGUCGGUUUCAGUUUGAGGAGAUUGCCGGCAUCCUGAACACUACCAGUUGGAUCAUGGAUGCUUUUCUAAAACGGAUUUAA